AUGGCUUCUCUCACGAAAACUACAUACCAGGCGUUUGCAUCGGCAAGGGCUGAGGGUAAUCCUGCAGCCGUGAUUAUCCUGCCGAAGCCCGAGUCCGGCGCACAAGAUGGCAGCGAAGAGUUUCCAUACGAGCUGUUCCCCCCCGCUUCGAAACUUCAAGAGACAGCGACGAGUAUCAAUCUCCCGAUGACUGCAUUCGCACUCCCUCUUGAUCCGGAGAAUGAGUCGGCAAAAGCUCAUUAUGCCGUUCGGUGGUUCAAUCCUGUCAACGAAGCGCCGCUUUGUGGCCAUGCGACCCUUGCUUUGUCCCAGCACCUGUUUAGUACUCUUUCCAAUGCACCGCAGACGCUGAGGUAUCUCACCAGGCUUCAUGGGGUUGCCUCUGCAUCACUCAACCAAAGCCCGUUUGAGGAUGCCAAACUAGUUGGUAUUGAGUUUCCAGAACUUGUUAACCUUCCUGCCGUCUCGAAAGAUGGCAAGCGAUGGGAUGAGUUGAAGAGUCUGUUUGAGGGUGCAACUGGUUCGAAGUGGGAGGGCGACGGAGAGCCAAUUGGUGUAUUUGAACAAGAUCAGUAUUUCUUGUUGGAGUUUAAUCCUGAGCUUGACCUGAAGGCUCUAGAGUUUGAUGCCUCUAAGCUGACUUCUCUGAAUGGCUUUAUCUAUAUGUUUCAAAUUUCAACAAGCUCAUCCGAACAUAUCCAUACUCGAGUCAUCAACUGCAUAGCUGGAAACAACCACGAAGACGCUGCGACUGGUUCCGCUCAUCGGGCCAUCAUCCCACAUGUCUUGUCAAACGCUGAGACUACUGCUCGUCUGAAGCAGUACCAUCCAGACUUUAAUGGAAAUACGCUACGAUCUUUGCAACAGUCGAAAGAAGGUGGUGAAUUAACUGUUGAGUGGCUUCGGGAUACAAAGACUGUGAGGAUCAUGGGCAAGGCUUCGCGUACCGGCGAGACUAGCAUCGAGAUCUGA